CCAGCCGGCUUGGUCUGCCACGAGCUAACCUGCCCCGCGUGCUCCCGCGAGCUCCCGCGAGACUGUGGACACUAUAAUUAGCUUGCAUGUGUGACUGCGACCAGGAUUGAACGAUAAUUGUGUGUCCAGAGUUUCAGCUGUAACAUUUUUGCUGUGGUGAUUGAACUGGCAUUGUAACUGAUACAUGUGUAGUCAUAUAGGUUACACAGCGCGCGCUCUAAUGUGCGACAGCCACAGUUUGGUGUAGCAGCUGUUAGGUAUCGCAGUUUUGUUCCGGGACCACCAUCACUAGUCAGAUCAGAGGGCGCGUGGCCUGCUGUCGUUUAUUUGUUUGUCAGAUAUUUUGAAGAAAGUCAGGCCACGUUUUCAGUGAUUUACAGUGUAGGAGUUAAUCUGGCCAUUCUGGUUAAACUUGGUCCAGGACCAAAAUGAACACUACAUGGAGCAAAGCCAGCAAGCGUGCAUGCGGAGCUGGGCUGCACGUGCGGCUGUGAACCUGCACGUUUGUGUAAAGGGCAGAACUGUGAUGCACGCGGCCCGGGUGAAGUACCGACACUGCAGUCCGUGCACCGCACUGCUUCUGGAAAACUCCACAGUAGCAUUGGCUGUCAACCCGACCGGAAAAGUUCCGUGACACCAGCUAACUAUAAAAUUCAUGUGCACUGUGGUUGAGGCUAAUGAAAGAACGAGGAUAAUUGGUUGAUAAAAUUGCAGUUUUUUUUUUUUAAAGCCUUGAAAAAAUCCAGAAUCCUUGUGAACCCCCUGAAAUUCUGUAACGUGUAGUGCAGUACCUUCCUUUGCCGGCAGAGGGCAAUGCAGCAGAUAAAGACCGUUGAGGAUGUCAGGAAGUUGUUGUAAGCAGAGAGCUGCCAAUUCUCACUUCCUCUGAUGAGAUAUGCGUCGGAUUAUGGGAUGCGCUUGCCAAUCCUGCGCUCCAGUCCAGAGGAUCAGGUCCUGUACCAGACGGAGCGUUACAACGAGGACACGUUUGGCUAUGAGGUUCCGGUCCGAGACGAGGGAGAAUACAUCCUCGUUCUGAAAUUCGCUGAAGUCUACUUCGCCCAGUCACAGCAGAAGGUGUUUGACGUUCGUUUGAACGGCCAUGUGGUGGUGAAGGAUCUGGACAUUUUUGACCGCGUAGGCCACAGUACAGCUCAUGAUGAGAUUGUGCCCUUCUCCAUAAAGAGGGGAAAACUGAGUGUCCAGGGUGAGGUUUCCACCUUCAACGGCAAACUCACUGUGGACUUCAUAAAGGGUUACUAUGACAACCCUAAGGUAUGCGCUCUGUACGUGAUGAAAGGGAAGCCAGAAGACGUGCCAAAGCUGCAGCCGCACCCCGGACUGGAGAAGCGAGAUGAAGAAGAGGAAGAGGAGGAGGACGCUGAGACAAGCGAAGACAGCGUGAAGAAGAGUGCGUCCACUGCUCCCAAGAACCCAGUGCGGUCGGGCCCACGCACGCCCAACCCCUACGCAGCCGAUAACAGCAGUCUGAUGUUCCCCAUCCUGGUGGCAUUUGGGGUCUUCAUCCCCACACUCUUCUGCCUCUGUCGCUUAUGAGAGGGGAGGGGGCACAGCAGACUCUGCAGGGGUGGGGGAGUGCUACAGACAGGCCUGGACAUGGGGACAGACAGACAGGAGAGCAUCAGAGAAGCAGAGAGACAGAGAUUAAGAGCGUUUAAGAGGUCAUGGCAGGUCUUACAUGUCUCUCUCGUCCAGGGAGACUUUAGAGCUGUUUUAUUUAUUAGUGUGUUUGUGCACAUGUUUAACACAUGUGCUCUUUGAAAGCAGUAUGCUCAGUGCUGAUUGUGCAGAGACCCACCCACCCACCCAUGACAGGAAUGACCACUUUGCAGUCCAGGUUUGGCUGGUCCAGCAGGAAUAGACUCAGAGCAGAACACUGCUUGUGAUUGGCUGCCCCAUUUAUUGAGUGUUCCUAUUGGUCCAGAAAUGGCCAGACAUGAGGAACAGGUUUGUCUCAUCUAUAUCCCUGAUAUGCAGGGCUAACCAGACAGCCUGGAGCAUUGGAAGUGUGUGUGUGCAAGUGUGUGUGUGUGUGUGUGUGUGUGUGUGUGUGUGUGUCCCCUUUCUCCUUGCAGCCGUUGCCUAGCCCCCAUCCUCCACAGCAUGUUAGCUACACACUGUCACUUCCUCUGUGGGCCAAGCAGAGUAAACCAUGAGCAAUUGAGUUUGAAGGUUGGUGUGUGUUUGUCUGGGGUAUUUUGUUUUUGCUGCAUUUAGGUGUGAAGUGCACUAGUAAUGCAUCUCAUUCAUCAUUUGAUUACCAAGAAAAAUAGAUUGAUCUCUGUCACUGGACUGCGACUCUGCUGAGCUAAAGCAGGUUGACACUAUAAGGAUUAGGGCAAAAUGAUUGUGAUUUAACCCUGGUUAAGACAACCAGGGUUAAAUCAUCUAUACCUGUGAUAAUUUAGUGCAGGAUGCCAUAGCCCCAUGCUGCAAAAAACAAAACAACAAUAACAAAACAAAAACAAAGAUGCCCUUUGAGUGGUAGACCCCCAACACCACGGGAUUUUUGAGUGUUAGACCCCCAACACCACGGGAUUGUUUCAGGAUUUUGGCAGCUAUCCAUAAUGAAUCAUUUGUGUUCUAGUUUAUAGUUUCGUUGCUGUUUGUUUUCUUGUUGGGUUUGUUUUCUCAGUCACAGGUUCAUGGUGAGGGUUGGAGUUGUCCUGUGGCGUAACCUCUUUAGAGGGGAGCUCUGCCAGGUGCUUGGUGAUCCUGUGUGUGUGAUCAGUGCCGUUAGCUGUCGGGUCAUUACCAUUACAGGCAGCUAAUCAAGAGUUCUGAUCAAGUGCGAGCAUUUCUGUCUGUGGUGUCUUGUGUUUUCUUUGAUGCUUGUCCUCCUGAUCUGGAGUGUUGUCCUGGCAGUAGAAGCUAUUGCCUUUCUCUACACGCAAGCUUGCAGGCCUUUUUACAAUCUCACCAAAGAUCUUUGAUUUGGUUUGUUUUAGUGGUGUUUGCGCAGACAGCAGUGACUGAUGUUGGCUAGGCCUACCACACGGUGGAGAGUUGCUGGUGCUCUGAUGAAGACCUUCCCUCUGUUAGCAGCACAUGGACGCAUCUCCAUGUCCUGGAAAACAGACACAUGAGAAAGUCAGAACUACUACAGUGUUGGCAGAUUUUCACAACUCUGAGGUUUCUCUACGUUUCUCAAUGAUUUCUCCUUUUUGAUGCCAUGGUUACAGUAUCAGUUGUGUGGUGCUUGUCUCAUUUCUGUCCAGCAUCACUCUCAAUCAUUCGCGCUCUGUCAGUCUGUCUCACGUUUCUCACCUGGUGAGUGUAGUUCUUGUUUUGUGCUGUGAUAUCCCCAGGCCAGUGCUCUUCCUGGUGAAGUGUUCAGUAGCUCCGUUUGUGUGUUGUCAUUCCUGGUCUGGGUGGCCAUUCUCCGGACUGGGAUUGUGGUGGAUCCCUGAGAAAGGUCAGAUGGAUGUCAGCUCUGGGGAGAUCCACGAGGACCCUGGGUAGGGUUCUAUAUUGUAGGGGGUUUAGCUCUGUCCUCAAUUGAUUGGGCGGGGUGGGGGGUGGGUUUGGUUAUCCUUGCCUAGAUCUCGUCCUUGUCCUUGUUAACAAAAUUUUAGGAACAAUCAAAGAACCACCUUGUCAUUUAUUAGAGGGAAGCUCUAUAACCCUAACCCUAGCUCUAUGAGAAUUGGCGCCAAAUCAUCUUUUCUUUGUUUUGCUUUACACUGUGUUGGGUGUGUGGGUGGGUGCAUAAGGUACUAGGUCACACUAAUGAUUGUGUGCCAUACGGUUAUUGUUGUCCUCGUUGUUGAUUUGGAUGUCUGGGUGUGUGAUGGCUAGCCAGAGCUCUGUGGAGAGGCCGUGCUCUGGGAGGCCGUUGUGUAGGUCAGACGAGCGCACCCACUGAUGGCCAGAGAUAACGAGUAUCAUUACCUGAUUUAAGUUCCUUUAUAUAUAUUUUAUAAUUUAAGCAAAUGGAAAAACGGAUUGACAAUGAGGUGAUGUUUGUUUUGUUUUAAAAGUAGUUGCGUUUUCCUCAGGAUCUUUCAUUUACUUUGCAUUUUACAGUGGGAUUAUUAGUGGAUUUUUAUUUUUUUUUGCACUGCUGGCUGUUAUUUUAAAAGCAUUGUUGUUGUUUUUUUCUUUGUCAUCUGGUGUUUUGGGUUAAUCCCAUGUUACCUUGAUUUGGAACAGUCGCAUGUGCUUUACUUUUCUCCUUUGUGUUGUGUGACUACCAUUUUGCAUGUUUUUUUUUUUUUUUUUAAUUUUUUAAAUAUAAAACCUUGCUUUUGUCUUUGCCGAAACUACCAUUGGCACUUUCUUACCAAAUACACAUCUUCUGAUCCAGCCAAAGACCUGCCUUCACGCAUAUUGGUACGCAUUAGACGCAUGAGGUCUGCACCACUGGCCGCCUGCGUGUACAGAGAUGGACAUCAUGUCUGGACGUCGUGGCUGCUCCUCUGCUGUAAUACCUGUCCCUCUCUUCUCUCCCUCUCUUACCUUCAUCUGAUGAAAACAUGGAAACUGGUGCCCACAUCUUACAGGUGAAGGCGCUACACUGCAGUCUGCAGGGAAAUGACUUCUGAAGAACUGCACUCAUGCUGUUUCUUUUUAAUAAAUGUGAUAUUUUAUCUAA